AAUUCUGAAGUAAACCCUCAGAUCUUUAGUAGUCAGCUCUGGUGCUGUUUGUGCUCCUUCUAUUCCAGAAAUUAAUUUUGAAUAUGUCAGACACAGAAGACAUAGUGGAGGAAGUUGAGGAACAGGAAGAAGAGAAAUAUGAAGAAAAUGAAGAGGAAGAGAUAGAAGAGGAGCAAGUGGAUGAAGAGGAAGUAGAAGAUGGAGAAGAAGAUGGAACUGCUGAAGAGGCUCAAGAAAGAGAUGCAAGAGAUGGAGGCGGAGAAGAGGAAGGAAAACCUAAGCCAAAACUCUUUAUGCCCAACCUUGUGCCACCUAAAAUUCCAGAUGGAGAAAGAGUCGACUUUGAUGACAUCCAUCGGAAACGUAUGGAGAAGGAUCUUUUCGAAUUACAGACCUUAAUUGAAGUCCAUUUUGAAAACAGAAAGAAAGAAGAGGAGGAAAUCAUUGCUUUGAAAGAAAGAAUUGAAAGUCGUAGAGCAGAAAGAGCAGAGCAGCAUAGGAUUCGAGCUGAGAAAGAGAAGGAACGUCAAUCAAAGAUUGCUGAGGAGAGAGCCAGAAAAGAAGAGGAAGAAUCAAGAAAGAGAGCAGAGGAAGAUGCAAAAAAGAAAAAGACUAUGUCAAAUAUGUCCUUACACUUUGGAGGCUACAUGCAGAAGACUGACAGUCGCAGAGGUGGGAAGAAACAAACAGAGAGGGAAAAGAAAAAGAAGAUCCUGGCAGAUAGACGCAAAUCUCUAGACAUCGAUGAUCUGGAUGAGGAUGAACUAAAGGAGAAGGGCAAAGAGCUGUGGAAGUGGUUGUACCAAUUGGAAGCAGAAAAAUUUGACCUACAGGAGAAAAUGAAACAACAGAAAUAUGAGAUUAAUGUACUUCGAAAUCGAGUUAGUGAUCAUCAAAAGGUCUCAAAGGGACUCCGUGGCAAAGGGAAAGUUUCGGGCCGUUGGAAAUAAGCAAAACAUGGAAGCGCCUUGUACUGAGGCAUUGGGCAGAGACAAGUUCCAUCAAUGUCUAUCAAAUGAUCCUGUAAUCUCAACAUCAAUGGUACUACUGUCCUCAAUCAAUUCCUAUCACUCACAGCCCAAUUCCUUGCCUGUAGAAUCUUCGAAAGAGCACUUUGACGAUUGUAGUUUUCAUGUCAUUCAAUAUUUUAAUGUAAUUAAUGACAAAACCCUUGUUACUGUCACAGCAAUAUUUAUUUUCUUGUAAUUCAAUCCGAUCAAGGUUUUGCAUAACAGCUGUAUCUUGUAGUGAAUGAAAUCUGGCAGUACAUUUAAGAUCUUACAAAGGUAGAAAAUGCACCACUGCAAACCAUAGUUCUAUAGCUUACCUGCCGAUGCUAUUUCAGGAUUACUGCAGUGUACUAGGCUUUCAUGUGGACAGAUCUGAUGAUUGGAGGCAUUUGAGUAUUUCUAACUAAUUUGUAAAGAAUGUUUUGCAAAGAAAGCCUGACUAUUCUAGUUGUUGAGCUAGUGCUUCUCCAGAUAAAGGUAACAAUUUGCUGCAAUUGCACAGAACAGUGAACAUUUAAGCUUUGUACAUUACCUACAUUCUAAUUUACAAUAUUUUAGCACAUGUACUGAGCCAAAAUACCACAUAUUGCUGAUGUAACCUGCGCAAUAUAAACUGCAAGAACUUUGAGCUCCACGGAAGUAUUCAUGAGCCAUACUCAUUAAAACCAACAAACAAUGGUUAAAAUAAUUGAUUGCCAGGAGUAAAUGUCACUGUCAACCACACAAUAUGGUGAAUCUCUGCACAAAUGAAGCUUAAUUAAAAGUGACAAAGACA